CCCCCCCCCCCCCCCCAGAUCAGAGUGUGCAAUGCCUGAUCCAGCUCUGCAUAGGGUCUUGGUCGAGCGUAAUCGGAUCUUCUGAUGUCAUGCGUACACUCCAUACCAGCUCGAGGCAGGGCACCAUUGUUUUUGAUCCGAGAGUACCUGCGGCAGAUGUGUACGGUAUUAUGACGCAAAGAUCCAAUUAUGCUCGACCAAGACCCUAUGCAGAGCUGGAUCAGGCGUUGCACACUCUGGGCCGGGGGGUUAUGUACUCUUGGUCAUACAUGUAGUUGUAGUAUGAUGUAAAUGUACGAGUACCGAUCAGGCGUCAAACGUCGAGACUUUUGAUGGUAUUUGACGAGUCGCUGGUACCAAGAAUACUCUUGCUGGUACUGAUGCAAUUUUAAAAUUUACUGUGACAUUGGAAGCUCGAAGAACCAGGCGCAGAGCCAGGGUGGACGGUGACCAUGGGGACUACGAGUGCGAGUACCAAUCAACUACUGGGAGGAAUUCGCGGGAUUAUUUGCAGAAAAUUGCGGAUUUGGGCCAAAUCACGAAAUUUGUUGCAUCUGUAGAAUCGCCAUUAGUCUGUAGAUCUACAGGGAGUUGUCAAAUAUGGUAAAAGUGGAGAAAACCGCGGGUUUGGGCCAAAAUCUCGAAAUUAUUUGUCUACCAAUCAGUAUACUGUUUGUCACCAGGCCAGGCAGGGAGUAGUAAAAUACCGGUAUUUUACUAUUCCCUGGAGUGGAGGUUGUACACUCUACUGUCUCUAGUCUAGAUCUAGCUCUACGCAGAUCUGCAUUCUGCAGACCGCAGUUGAACAGUUUCCUCAACUUUCGUUUGUACGGUGGUUGCAUUUCUGUUGAAGCUUGAAUUGUUGUCCUCUCAGAUAUCUUGUUUCACAUUUGAGUUUCGGACAGUGUUUCACAUUUGAGUUUCGGAAAGUGCUGGCCACUUGUGAAAGUGGACCAAUGUCGCUGUUACGGGAUUACGAGCAGCAGUUCGGUGUUCUCACCGCCGAUGCCGUCACUAAAAUAAACAACAUCCCAAACCUUUCUGGGAAACAGAGGAAGAAUGCCAUCACCGAUGUUGAAAGGAUCUUUGAGGAGGGAAAUGAUCUGCUUGAGCAGCUGGACCUUGAAGCCAGGGAAGUGCCGUCCUCAGAACGACAAGCAGCCAGUGCUAGGGUUCGCGGUUAUCAUGAGGAAAUGACGCGACUCCAGAAGGACCUGAGGCGUGCCCAGGUAGCAGCAGUGGACAUGAGGCAGGGUCGAGAAGAGCUACUGGGAAACGAAGAUAUGCAGUCCUCUGAAGAUCAACGCACUAGGCUUCUAGAGAACACAGAGCGCCUGCAGAAAACCAGCAAUCGUUUGGACGAGGGCUAUCGAAUGGCACUGGAGAGCGAGGAGCUGGGUCGUGACAUUAUGGACAACUUGCAUAGGGACAGGGAAACCAUCACAAGGGCUAGGGACAGGCUACGCGGUGUGGACCAAGACUUGGGACGUAGCAACCGUACGCUCAACGGAAUGAUUCGACGAGUUUAUCAGAACCGUGUCAUAGUAGCCUUCGUCUGCGUGCUGAUGGUCGGGGUGAUUGUCAUGGGAAUCUACUUUGCCGUCAAGUAAGUUGAGAAUGCCGCCCUGCCCCCCCCCCCCCCCCUCCCCCUUACCCCUGCUCCCCUGCAUACAGACACGCACAUGCGUGUACGUGCACGCAUGAACAUGCAUUUUAAUUUUUUACUCAUUUAUUUUAUACCUUUAUGUAUCGAUUGACCUUCAUAAAAAAAAUACCCAUGCUAACUAGUGACCACGCCAUCCACUGUAUCAAAUUCAAAUAAAUUGGCUUUGAUUCAAUAAAUACUCCAAAGCCAAUAAAACGCUGUUUAUAAAAUACUCCUUUUUAGGGAAAAUGGAGGUCAAUAUAUGCAUCAUAAAUGUAGUAGCCUCAGGAUUUACAGCAAUUACAAACCAGUUAUAAAAACCUCGGCACUGCCUCGCUUUUUAUACAAGGAUGUAAUUGCAAUAAAUCCUUAGACUCUGCAUUUAUUGCAUACGCAGUCUGCACUUCAUGGCAUAUAAUGAACUACAGGGCAUGCACGAGCACUACCUAUAUCUGAAAACAGGUACUAGUAGCUCGCAAUGCGUAACGAUCGUACCGAUUUAUAGCAAUUUUCCAUUGACAAAUUCACGAAAUUCUGCUUCUUCUUUCCAGCUCUAUAUCUGCCUGACACUUGACAGGCUCAAUUGACCUGUUGUUAUCUUGUUCUCUUUCUGCCAUGCAUGCCAGCAUCUGCACCGACAAUAGCUGUAGUGUGUGGGUUCACUCUGUCUCAUUUGGCUUUUUGACUCGUACAUGUCUGGGUAUCG